AUGCCGCUCUGUCUCACCUUCAUCGACUUAAAGAAGGCCUUCGACUCAGUUGAGAUGGAAGCGGUCGUGGAAGCCUUGGACAACCAAGGCGUCCCUACUCAGUACAUAAAGGUACUUCGAGAGUUGUACAGUAACUUCACUACCGGAAUUGCGCCAUUCUACAAGAAUAUCAUCAUUGACACAAUCUCACCCAAAAUAUUCACAGCUACCCUCGAGAACGCAAUGCGAAAGUUGGAAUGGGACGACAUGGGAGUGAAGGUAGACGGUCGGCAGCUACACCAUUUACGCUUUGCUGAUGACAUCGUAUUGAUAACACCUAGCAUCAGCCAAGCGGAGCGAAUGCUGACCGAAUUCGACGAAACAUGUGGAUGCAUCGGUCUUCAGCUGAAUCUGGACAAGACGAUGUUCAUGCGGAACGGAUGGGUCUCGGAUGCCCCAUUCACGCUCAACGGAACGAACAUAUCCGAAUGCACCAGCUACGUUUAUCUGGGUCAGGAACUGAACAUGAUGAACGACCUGACCCCGAGCUGGGCAGGAGGAGACGAGCAGCUUGGGGAGCGUAUAAGAGCAUCGAGGAUGUAG